UUGCCAUUCACUCUGCCAGUACUGGUUCAGUUUCAAUCGAACGCGCAGCGUAUGUGAGAAAGCUCAAAGUUCACAAGUACCCAGUGACUCGAUAUUCAGUGAUAACGUAUUCGGUAAAUUUCAAUUUCAAGGUACCCGUGGUUUAUGAAUUCGAGCCCGGAUUUGGUAUUGAAAACAUCGAAACGGGGACGCGCCGCACGUUCACCAGAAAUCUCGUCUCAAUUUUCCUUCGGUUCAAUCGGGAUCGUAGUUGGUUAACUUCAUAUACAUGUGCAUCAAUUUUGCCUAAAUCAGUACCCAGCUGGCCUAGCAGAAGAAAUCCUCCGUCGGCUAAGUGCAAUGAAUUCAUAUAUUCAAAUUCAUCUCCUUCACUGACUCGUUGAUCGACUCGGUUGUUUCCUGCGAGCGUUACGGAUCAUAGCGCUAAUAGGAAAACCUCCCUAAGUAGACUCACCGGAUUAGAGCCAGAGAGAGAGCGAGAGAGCGAGAGAGGCAGAGGAAGAGGAAGACCAGUUUUUUUUUUGAUUGAGCCCUCUGCGCACCCGACGACCCACGAGCGUUUGGUCAGACCAGGAGCCGAAUUAGAGCACUGUCGGCCGACGAAGUGAAUCAGUCCAGUCAGAACGGUCAGUAAGAGUGGAUACGCGGUUCAAAGAGGCUCCUUCUCGCAUCCAGUGCUCGCGAACUCGCCAACGUUAGACACGGUCGAAAGUACUUUCUUGUUUUGCAAUGCAAGAAGACGACAGUGGAUUGGACUGCAUUGGAACAGCCGAUAGCACGGUGCACGUGUCCUGGCACCGUUGGUUCCGGCUGCUGGCAGCAACGAAUCAAACUUUCGAACACGGGCUGAUGGAUUUCUUGCAGGACUACAAAGCCGGCGAACUGUCCGGACACUUUUUCGCGGGAUCACUGGCCUAUCUGUUGGCGAUCGUAGUAGGCUGCUGGUUGUGCUGGAAAUUUUACUAUGGAGUCGUUGUUUGGAAAAGGGAUCUGACCGACAUCGGCUAUAAUCACAUGUUGGACAAUGAGCGCAUCGGCAAAAGAGACCGGAAACGAAUCCAUACGAUUAACCGGCUGCGUCGGUUAAGGAAGGUAGGUCAACGAAUUCCACCGCCUUUUCCGAACGGAUGGUUUGGCAUCCUGGAAUCGGAACAGCUCCUCACCGGACAGGCUCGGAGUGUCGAUUGUUUAGGUCAAAACUUCGUCGUUUUCCGUUCAUCAUCGGGGUUGGUCAACGUCCUGGAUGCCUACUGUCCGCACCUGGGUGCAAACUUGGGUGUCGGUGGUGUGGUACGGGGAGAUUGUAUCGAAUGCCCGUUCCACCACUGGACAUUCGAUGGAAAGAACGGAGAAUGUACGAACAUCCCGUACAGUAAAUCCGGUAUCGUUCCAAAAGUGGCCAAAGUGAAGAAGUGGAAAUCGAUCGAGGCGAACGGAUUCAUCUUCGUGUGGCAUCACAUAGACGAGCAAAUCGAACCGUGGGAGCUGACCAUCGUUCCAGAAAUUGAAAACGGCCAGUGGGUUUAUUACGGGAAGAACGAAUUCUUGGUGAACGCUCACAUUCAGGACAUCCCGGAGAAUGGUGCCGACGUAGCGCACUUGUCGUCGGUUCACGGGCCCAACAUGCUAUCCGGAAGCGAUAUUCGAUACUUUCGGGCAUCGUGGGCUGAGUUCGGAAUGCACACCUGGCAGGCGAAUUGGCAUGCUCCCGAGGAAGCGGAUCCUCCUCACAUUGCCCGUAUGGAUUUGCAGCAUGCCUUCCGUUUCUUCAACAAGUGGGAGGUUUGUACGGUCGAUGUCAAAGCCUACCAGGUGGGCCCCGGUUACGUGCAGCUGAAGAUGCAAACCGGGUUCGGACCGAUGGUUGCCCUCCAAACGGUGACUCCGGUUGAACCGCUGGUGCAAAAGGUUAUCCAUCGAUUCUACGCUCCUCGCAGUUUAGGCAACGCAUUCUUCCAGAAGUUUGCCAUUUGGGCAGAAAGUGUUAUGUUCGAACGAGAUAUGAUGAUUUGGAACCAGAAGCAGUUCGUCGAAAGUCCGCUGUUGAUAAAGGAAGAUCGUCUGAUCAAGGCAUACCGAAAAUGGUACAGCCAAUUUUACUCAGAGAAUAGUAUCAGCUAUGCACUGGCUAAGGAAAGUCUAGAUUGGUGAUAAACAUAAUGGAGAUUGUUUUUUCUAUCUAUAAUUAUAAUUAGCAGUAAGAUUUUAGUUGUCUGUGAUUACCGAAUA